AGCUGGAAGCCAAGCCCUGCGAUUCGCCAGUGCCUGUGGAGGACUCGGCGCCAGAGCCCACAGCCAUGGGUCGGGACCUGAAGGUGAAGAUGCUGGGAGGUGAGGAGUUCCUGGUGCACCUGACAGACUCCAUGCUGGGCUCGGAGCUGAAGCAGCAGAUCGCCCAGAAGACCGGAGUGCCCCCCUUCCAGCAGCGCCUGGCCACCCACCCGGCCGGCACGGUGCUGCAAGACAGGGUCCGCCUCGUCAGCCAGGGCCUGCAGCCCGGCAGCACGGUCUUGCUGGUCGUGCAGAACUGCGACGCCCCCCUGAGCAUCCUGGUGAGGAAUGACAGGGGUCGCAACAGCGCCUAUGAGAUCCGGCUGACGCAGACGGUGGCGGAGCUCAAGCAGCAGGUGUGCCGGCAGGAGAAUGUGCAGGCUGACCAGUUCUGGCUGACUUUCGAGGGGAAGCCCAUGGAGGACCAGCGCCAGCUGGGGGAGUACGAGCUCACGGCCGGGUGCACGGUGUACAUGAACUUGCGCCUGCGGGGGGGUGGGGCAGGGCACCGGGGGCCACGCUGAGGGCCCCCACCCGAGUCCCUGACCAAGUGCCUGUAAUAAAAGCUGAUGCAACGCUAAA